UUUGUGACGUUCUACACAUCAGAGACUGUCGGUUGAUAUUUAUUGUCCGAGGCAGGGGUACAAUUUUCAUCAGGUUAAGGACCCCAGGAUGUUGCGUCUGCGUUGCAAAACCAAAAAUGGGAGCCACAUUAUGCAGGGCCUGACCCAUCAGUCCUGUGUGCAGGAGCUGAAGAGCAAGGUAGAGGAGCUGACUGGUAUCCCCUGUGAUGUACAGAAGAUCAUGGUUGGUUACCCUCCCUCUAGCUUGGACCUCCGAAACGGAGAUGCUCACCUCAAGGACUACCCCAUCAAAUCAGGAGACACUCUCAUUGUUGAGGAGGAAGAGAAGAACAAGAUGAAGACCCAGACAACCAAUUCAGCUGUAACCAAGGGACCCCGCCUGGAGUCUCCCCCUGUGCUGGCCAGAAGGGUGGUUCCAGCAGACAACUCCUGUCUGUUCACCAGUGUCUCCUAUGUGGUGGAGGGUGGGGUAUACGACCCAGCGUGUGCCCCCGAGAUGCGAGGCCUCAUCGCCCAGAUCGUGUCGAGUGACCCAGCGGCUUACUCUGAGGCGGUUUUGGGAAAGACCAACGAGGAGUACUGCACCUGGAUCCGACGUGACGACACCUGGGGCGGAGCUAUAGAGGUGUCCAUCCUGUCCAAAUUCUACCAGUGUGAGAUCUGUGUAGUGGACACGCAAACAGUGCGUGUGGAUAGAUUUGGUGAGGACGCUGGCUACCACAAACGUGUACUGCUCAUCUACGACGGCAUCCACUACGACCCACUGCAGAAAGAAACGCCUAGUUCCGACACUCCGCCCCAGACCAUCUUCUCCACCACAGAUGACAUCAUCCUGGCCCAGGCCCUGGAGCUAGCGGAUGAGGCGCGAAGGAAGCGGCAGUUUACGGACAUCAACCGCUUUGCCUUGCGCUGCAUGGUGUGUCAGACAGGCCUAGUAGGACAGAAGGAGGCCCGGGAACAUGCGAAGGAGACGGGCCACACCAACUUUGGAGAGGUGUAAGUCAGAGCACUCUUCCUCCUCUCACCCCCCCCCCCUCCCCUUACCUCACAACCACCACUCCCAUGCCGUCACAUCUGUGUCUGUACGAUCCUCUACCUCACUUGGUCCAGCGAGAUUCUGCAGACCCUGGGGUUCGGUCUUACCCGUUCAGUAUUACUACUACAGCUGUCAGCUCAUGGGCUAAUCUACUGUAAGGUUCUGAUCUCAUACAAAAUAUCCUCUACAAUUGUUUUAGGGACAUUUUUAAGCUCAGUUUUGAGUCUUCACACUAAACUCAAAACACAGUGGGUGAUUGUUUGUUGAAGUCUUGUUGCUCAGUAAUGUAGCAUUUGUUCAGUUUGUUGACACUAAUGGAGCAGAACUUUCUUAAUACCAAAGUUGGAGAUGCCUGGAAAUGCCUUGCUUUUUCAGUUCUGACUUGUAGCACAAUCGGCAUGGCAUGGCUAGAUAAUACUACAACAGAAAUCUUUUUCCAGGGCCAUUGUGCCAAGAUACAUGUUUGAUUUCACACAUCAAUGACAAUAUUAAUUAAAAUGUUUUUGUUUGUGCCUCACUAGUACUUGGAAAAACGGUGACAACUGUUGCAAAAUAUCAAAUAUAAACCCAGUCAGUCACUUGGUAGAGAAGCUGUUAUUUUAUUAUUUUGCAUUGGCAAUGUAUUUAAUAUUUGUAAUAGCAGAGUUUAGCUAGAUUCCUUAAAGGUCAAUACAACCCAAAAUUAUUCAACAAUGGUGCUGUGAGAACUGUAUAAGUUAUUGUGUAAGUUAUUACUGAAUUUAUUUUGUUAUUUUCUGCAUUGUGGGUUGUCAGGUGUUUGGAUUGAAAUAUAGCUCUUGGUGUGGAACAUUAACAUUUCAUGCAAUUAUUAUCAUGCCAUGGCACUAGCAUCAAAAGGCCAUGGCAUUACCCACAGUGGGAUUGUUUUUUUAUUAUAUUUAUUUGUGUCUAUUUUAUAUGGUGUAAUUUGAAUUAUGGUAUUUUGUAUUACAGAGAAUCGAUAAGAAUGCUACAUGCUUAUUUUAUUUACAUUUUAAUCUUGGAGUUAUUAGACUGAAUGAUAUAGAUUGUAAGUCUGUGAUGAAUCAUUAAUAUAUUUGUAGUUCAGGUACUGUACACAAUGUGCUUUGCUAUUCAACAUUCUCUCACUCACACCCUGGAGGUCUUGUUGGACUAAUGUGAGGACCACCAAGUGAUGUCAUAGUUGUAAUGUUGAUCUAUAACCACGUUUCCAUCCAGUUUUUAUGCAAGAUAAGCCAUACCAUAUUUUCAAAAAACAGCUGUGAUGGAAACAGGAAUCUUCGGUACAGUUUUAUAAAUGCCGACAGAUAAUUUGUUUGUUCGACAUGGUGGGAUCUUUUUGUCUUUAAAAUUAAUUAUGCGAGAAAUGGUGGAAACGCCUUUAUGCACAGAUAUUGAUAGAAUAACCAUCAUAUUGACAUUAACUUGGAGUCACGCAAUUAUAUGGUGUGUGUGGUUCUUCCACUACGACUGUGGAAACCAUGUAGUUUAUUAGGCUGCAGAUGAAAUAAAUGAUGAACUUCACAGGCUGGUAAAAGUGCACAAUGUUGAGAUUGAUGCUCCUUUCCAAUAAAUAAUCUGGUGACAUGAUGAUUGAUGCUUGACUGCAGUUUGACCAACAAAUAUUCUCGCCUUUAUCCGUAAUAAUCAUAUCAUAUAGACUAGCCUAUUCGCACUGUAUCUGCAAGCUGUUGGAUAGAGCGCACUUGUCAAGACUAGAGUAGGCACAUCUUGCUAUUUAACUCAAUAGUUUGUGACAAAACUAUCAGUGGAGUUGAAAAUGUGAUGCAAACACAUUGAAAUUUAUAUUUUAUUUGGAACAUGAAAACUUUUGUGAAAAAAAAUACCUUGUGUGCACUACGUCAUCAUGCACUGAUUUUGAUCCGCAACAAGUCAGUUUGGUGGAAAAAGCGCAUAAAAUCUGUCUCCAAUUGGAUGGAAACCUAGCAACUAUGUUCAAUCUAAAUGCAUGUGAGAGGGAGACUGCCACUGUUCUACUUUCACAGAUGACAGCCACCAUGAUCUCAUGCCUUGCUCUUGAAGCAGCAGAGCCAUUGAGAUGGUUGAACCAUAUAAUUCUCACACAUGAAAAUAUGUGAAUUCUGUUUUCUUCAAGAGGUUGAUACUGUUGUUACUGGCAAAAAUAAUCAUACACUGCUCAAAAAAAUAAAGGGAACACUUAAACAACACAAUGUAACUCCAAGUCAAUCACACUUCUGUGAAAUCAAACUGUCCACUUAGGAAGCAACACUGAUUGACAAUAAAUUUCACAUGCUGUUGUGCAAAUGGAAUAGACAACAGGUGGAAAUUAUAGGCAAUUAGCAAGACCCCCCCCCCAAUAAAGGAGUGGUUCUGCAGGUGAUAACCACAGACCACUUCUCAGUUCCUAUGCUUCCUGGCUGAUGUUUUGGUCACUUUUGAAUGCUGGCGGUGCUUUCACUCUAGUGGUAGCAUGAGACUGAGUCUACAACUCACACAAGUUGCUCAGGUAGUGCAGCUCAUCCAGGAUGACACAUCAAUGCGAGCUGUGGCAAGAAGGUUUGCUGUGUCUGUCAGCGUAGUGUCCAGAGCAUGGAGGCGCUACCAGGAGACAGGCCAGUACAUCUGGAGACGUGGAGGAGGCCGUAGGAGGGCAACAACCCAGCAGCAGGACCACUACCUCCGCCUUUGUGCAAGGAGGAGCACUGCCAGAGCCCUGCAAAAUGACCUCCAGCAGGCCACAAAUGUGCAUGUGUCUGCUCAAACGGUCAGAAACAGACUCCAUGAUGGUGGUAUGAGGGCCCGACGUCCACAGGUGGGGGUUGUGCUUACUCCCAACACCGUGCAGGACGUUUGGCAUUUGCCAGAGAACACCAAGAUUGGCAAAUUCGCCACUGGCGCCCUGUGCUCUUCACAGAUGAAAGCAGGUUCACACUGAGCACAUGUGACAGACGUGACAGUCUGGAGACGCCGUGGAGAACGUUCUGCUGCCUGUAACAUCCUCCAGCAUGACCGGUUUGGCGAUGGGUCAGUCAUGGUGUGGGGUGGCAUUUAUUUGGGGGGCCGCACAGCCCCCCAUGUGCUUAUCAGAGGUAGUCUGACUCCCAUUAGGUACCGAGAUGAGAUCCUUUGACCCCUUGUGAGACCAUAUGCUGGUGCGGUUGGCCCUGGGUUCCUCCUAAUGCAAGACAAUGCUAGACCUCAUGUGGCUGGAGUGUGUCAGCAGUUCCUGCAAGAGGAAGACAUUGAUGCUAUGGACUGGCCCGCCUGUUCCCCAGACCUGAAUCCAAUUGAGCACAUCUGGGAUAUCAUGUCUUGCUCCAUCCACAGACUCCAGGAGUUGGUGGAUGCUUUAGUCCAGGUCUGGGAGGAGAUCCCUCAUCCGCCACCCCAUCAGGAGCAUGCCCAGGCGUUGUAGGGAGGUCAUACAGGCACGUGGAGGCCACACACACUACUGAGCCUAAUUUUGACUUGUUUUAAGGAAUUACAUAAAAGUUGGAUCAGCCUGUAGUGUGGUUUUCCACUUUAAUUUUGAGUGUGACUCCAAAUCCAGACCUCCAUGGGUUGAUUAAUUUGAUUUCCAUUGAUAAUUUUUGUGUGAUUUUGUUGUCAGCACAUACAACUAUGUAAAGAAAAAAGUAUUUAAUAAGAUUAUUUCAUUCAUUCAGAUCUAGGAUGUGUUAUUUUAGUGCUCCCUUUAUUUUUUUGAGCAGUGUAUAAUGUUUGGUUGUUAGCAGAGAUGAACCGCUGGUGAUUUUCUUUUCUUUUUUUUCCCCUAACUAACUAUUAAUGCAGUCUAAAAGCUCUCGCACAUCAUUUCUCUAAACAAAAUAUUUAUUUUAGCUUUUGUCAGCUGGUUGUAAACAGACUCCAAAGUGUCCCCUAUACAAUUCAGAAAACUCUUUUGACUUGUUAUUUAUAGAAAAUGGACAGCAUGUAUGAGCAUUAUGAAAGCUUGUCUUACAAUGAAACACUCUGGAUCAGGGCAGGCUUUGUGUGGAAUAUGUUUCCCUGUUCUUGCUUGGACUUUUCAAAGACUUGUGUGUAAGAGGUCUGGGGCAUGGUUCUAGUGGGUGUUGAUUUGACUCAAAUAAGACUUCUCCCACAACCCAUUACAUGGAUGUUCAAGGAAAUGUUCAAUGAAUGUUGCACUCAAAGCACUACAGAGAAACUGGGUUUACUUGAUUUUUCCAAUGUUGUGUCACAAUAAAAUAAAUCAUUUAGGAUAUUAUUUGAGUGAAUGUGUUUUUGUAUUCGGUUUAAGAUUAUAUUGUGCUUUAAGCCCUACAUAUUGAUACUGUAUUGUCAACCAAUGAAAUAUCUCUCAGCAAUAGUAUGGCUGCCAUUCACUGUUACCCUACUGAAAUGUAGGCUACUCUGUUCUAACAGUGUACAAGGGUCUCACUGUUGUAUUACACUUAAAUUCUAUGUUGUGAAGCAUCUCUCUGAUGAGGGAAUGAAAUGUGGAGCUCUAUGACAUAACCCUAGGCACCAUCAGUAAGGGGUUGAUUAAGACUUAGGAAAUGUACGCCUAUCCUAUGCACUUUUCAGUAUUUUCAGGCUCAGAAUAAAUUGAACACUGAUUGACAAUAAAUUUCACAUGCUGUUGUGCAAAUGGAAUAGACAACAGGUGGAAAUUAUAGGCAAUUAGCAAGACCCCCCCCAAUAAAGGAGUGGUUCUGCAGGUGAUAACCACAGACCACUUCUCAGUUCCAAUGCUUCCUGGCUGAUGUUUUGGUCACUUUUGAAUGCUGGCGGUGCUUUCACUCUUGUGGUAGCAUGAAACGGAGUCUACAACCCACACAAGUUGUGGUGAAAUCUGUACGGAGCCUGCCACUUUAAGAGAGCAUGAGCAGUAAGGAUGGAGGAAAUAAAGAGGGCUCAUUCAGCUCUUUGGGGAGGAGCUCUUGGGUGGCGCUACAGUUUGAUUGUGUGUGCUGUGCUACAGAAGUUUUGUUUGUUUUCAGGGUGUGUAGUUUAUAAAGUGUUUAACUCAAUCAUCGGUGUGUUCGCUUUAGAUCGUGGUUGUUUUUGUUUGGGACCGCGCCCGUUAUUGAUUGCAUGGAUUAGUAGCAACAUUGUUGCGAAGCUUUAACAUACAAACCAACAAACCAUCGGACAGUCAGACAGUACACCUGCAGGCCUGAAGACCACAUCUAAGAUUUCUCUUUUUCUCUCCCUUUCUCUUCCCUCUCGUUCCAGUGCUUUACCCUGCAACAGACUCUCUAUUUUUCAAAUGCACUUCCCAUUGAAGUUCAUUAGAACUGGACUAUUAUUGCCCUGCCAGAAGUAUUUGGAUGGACAUUUUAGUUAAAAGGGAGGUUGCUUGCAAGUUGUGUAUUGUUAUGUGAACUGUUUUGAGGUGAGGUGUACUAAUGACAUGUGGCCUAGAAGACUGUGGACAUUUUUAAGGACUUUGUUGUGUCGAUGAACACCCCCCACAUUCAUACCCUCUGCACUCAUCCACUAGAAAAUAAUACAGAUUAUUGCAAAUCCUCUGUUGAUGACUGGGUUCGUUCUUGUAUGAAGUUGCUGUUGAAUUGCUCUGCCAUUAUUAGU